UCUCGGGCUGGGAUGGACGCGGGGCGGGAGGGCCCUGGCGCGCGGGGCCAGGAGUCCGGGCCUCCCGGCUGCUGAGCGUCCCCCGAAGCCUCUCUCUUACCCCCAAUUUCCCUCCUAGGAUCCGCGCCGACCCCCGCCCCGGGGCUCCAGACUCGGCUCCCGCCCUCCUCCGACUCCCCGGACAUCCCCCUCCCGCCCGCCCUCGGGAUCGACUAGAUCCCUCCCCCUCCCUGAGGAUUCCGGCUGGAUCCCUGCCCCUGCACCGCGGAUCCUGCGCUCCCGGGCUUCGGGCCCCUGGGGAUUGCCGUGGACUCCUUUUCCCGCACCCGAUCCCGUAGGAUCCUCCGCCUGUACCGCCUUCUAGCCCCUCGAAGCCAGCCCACGGUGCCAGUGGAUCCCCAAUUCAGUCCUGUCCCGUUGCUCCCUCCUCCCUUCGCCGUCCCCACUGCGGGGUUCCCUGUUCUUGGGCUCCUCCUGACCCCAUCCCCUACCUCUCCUUUCCCCGGGGAUCGACUGGAUCCCGGCCCCGCCCCCCGGGGCUGGGGCGAACCCCCUCCCCCGCCGGGUGAGGCGCUGCGGGCGGGGGCUGGGCCUGCGGGGCCGCGGGGGCUCACAGGCCGCCGCCCCCCUCCCGAAGCCCGUCCGCCCCCUACUCGGAGCCCUGGAUGGAGGCACCACGGCCCCAGGGCUGAGCCAGGUCGGGCCUGCCUUCGCCUUCUCCCACUUCUUUCCCCUUCCCCACCCCUCGCCCCCUCCAUGGAGAGGAACAGACCCCUUCUCUGUCCAGUCUAACCCAGGUCCCUGCCCAACCCCCUCCUCCCUCCUUUCCCCCGCCCCCUCCUCCCUCCUGGGGCGAGGGGGGCCUCCCUCCCUCUCCCCCCCCUUCUCUCUCUCUCCGAGGGGGGGGGGUCCCGGGGAGGGAGGGGGGGUCCCCCGAUCAGCAUGUGGCUCCUGGCGCUGUGUCUGGUGGGGCUGGCGGGGGCUCAACGGGGGGGAGGGGGUCCCGGCGGCGGCGCCCCGGGCGGCCCGGGCCUGGGUCUCGGCAGCCUCGGGGAGGAGCGCUUCCCAGUGGUGAACACGGCCUACGGGCGAGUGCGCGGCGUGCGGCGCGAGCUCAACAACGAGAUCCUGGGCCCGGUUGUGCAGUUCCUGGGCGUGCCCUACGCCACGCCCCCCCUGGGCGCCCGCCGCUUUCAGCCGCCCGAGGCCCCCGCUUCGUGGCCCGGCGUGCGCAACGCCACGACCCUGCCGCCCGCCUGCCCGCAGAACCUGCACGGGGCGCUGCCGGCCAUCAUGCUGCCCGUGUGGUUCACCGACAACCUGGAGGCGGCCGCCACCUAUGUACAGAACCAGAGCGAGGACUGCCUGUACCUCAACCUCUACGUGCCCACCGAGGACGGUCCGCUCACAAAAAAACGUGACGAGGCGACGCUCAAUCCGCCAGACACAGAUAUCCGGGACUCCGGGAAGAAGCCAGUGAUGCUGUUUCUGCACGGUGGCUCCUACAUGGAGGGCACGGGGAACAUGUUCGAUGGCUCCGUCUUGGCCGCCUACGGCAAUGUCAUUGUAGCCACGCUCAACUACCGGCUUGGGGUGCUCGGUUUUCUCAGCACUGGGGACCAGGCUGCAAAAGGCAAUUAUGGGCUCCUAGACCAGAUCCAGGCCCUGCGCUGGCUCAGUGAGAACAUCGCCCACUUUGGGGGGGACCCCGAACGCAUCACCAUCUUUGGAUCUGGGGCAGGAGCCUCCUGUGUCAACCUCCUGAUCCUCUCCCACCACUCGGAAGGGCUGUUCCAGAAGGCCAUUGCCCAGAGCGGCACUGCCAUUUCUAGCUGGUCUGUCAACUACCAACCACUCAAAUACACUCGACUGCUGGCUGCCAAGGUGGGCUGUGACCGGGAGGACAGCGCCGAGGCUGUGGAGUGUCUGCGCCGAAAACCCUCUCGGGAGCUGGUGGACCAGGACGUGCAGCCUGCCCGCUACCACAUUGCCUUUGGGCCCGUGGUGGAUGGUGACGUCGUCCCUGAUGACCCUGAGAUCCUCAUGCAGCAGGGAGAAUUCCUCAACUACGACAUGCUCAUUGGGGUCAACCAGGGAGAGGGCCUCAAGUUCGUGGAGGACUCGGCAGAAAGUGAGGAUGGCGUGUCCGCCAGCGCCUUCGACUUCACGGUCUCCAACUUUGUGGACAACCUGUAUGGCUACCCAGAGGGCAAGGACGUGCUACGGGAGACCAUCAAGUUCAUGUACACGGACUGGGCUGACCGGGACAACGGCGAGAUGCGGCGCAAGACCCUGCUGGCGCUCUUUACCGACCACCAGUGGGUGGCACCGGCUGUGGCCACCGCCAAGCUGCACGCUGACUACCAGUCCCCCGUCUACUUUUACACCUUCUACCACCACUGCCAGGCUGAGGGCCGGCCCGAGUGGGCGGACGCAGCGCACGGGGAUGAGCUACCUUAUGUCUUUGGUGUGCCCAUGGUGGGCGCCACUGACCUCUUCCCCUGCAACUUCUCCAAGAAUGACGUCAUGCUCAGCGCCGUGGUCAUGACCUACUGGACCAACUUCGCCAAGACUGGCGACCCAAACCAGCCGGUGCCGCAGGACACCAAGUUCAUCCACACCAAGCCCAACCGCUUCGAGGAGGUGGUGUGGAGCAAGUUCAACAGCAAAGAGAAGCAGUACCUGCACAUUGGUCUGAAGCCGCGCGUGCGCGACAAUUACCGCGCCAACAAGGUGGCCUUCUGGCUGGAGCUCGUGCCGCACCUGCACAAUCUGCACACGGAGCUCUUCACCACCACCACGCGCCUGCCGCCCUACGCCACGCGCUGGCCGCCGCGCCCGCCCCCCGGCGCCCCGGGCACGCGCCGCCCGCCGCCCCCCGCCACCCUGCCGCCCGAGCCCGAGCCCGAGCCGGGCCCUCGGGCCUACGACCGCUUCCCCGGGGACUCCCGAGACUACUCCACGGAGCUCAGCGUCACCGUGGCCGUGGGUGCCUCGCUCCUCUUCCUCAACAUCCUCGCCUUCGCCGCCCUCUACUACAAGCGGGACCGGCGGCAGGAGCUGCGGUGCCGGCGGCUCAGUCCCCCCGGCGGCUCGGGCUCUGGGGUGCCCGGCGGGGGCCCCUUGCUCCCCGCUGCCGGCCGCGAGCUGCCACCCGAGGAGGAGCUGGUGUCGCUUCAGCUGAAGCGGGGUGGGGGUGUUGGGGCGGACCCUGCAGAGGCCCUGCGCCCCGCCUGCCCGCCCGACUACACUCUGGCCCUGCGCCGGGCGCCGGACGACGUGCCUCUCUUGGCCCCCGGGGCCCUGACCCUGCUGCCCAGCGGCCUGGGGCCACCCCCUCCCCCGCCGCCCCCUUCCCUCCAUCCCUUCGGGCCCUUCCCCCCGCCGCCCCCCACAGCUACCAGCCACAACAACACGCUCCCCCACCCCCACUCCACCACUCGGGUAUAGUGGGCGGCUUGGGGAGGACCCCCUCCCUGGCCCUCCCGGAUGCAACAGGCUUUUCCGUGUGGAGCUGUCACACGUGGACGAGCAUUAGGUGGACAUGGGUUUUCUCACGGCGAUGCGUCUCUCCGGAGCAGAGAGGCCCUUUCUCUUCUCCGGACCUGGGCCUUUGAACAACUGGGGGGGGUGUUUUCUCCCCUCCGUUGGGACACCCACGUGGAGGUGUGCUUUCUCACGAGGGGGUGUGUUUUCCCAUGUGCAGGGUGAGGUUUUUUUUGGCCGCCCUGGACACAUGUUGGCUCCCUCAGAGAAUUCCUGCGGGGAUUUGUACCCCAGAAUUCUGUUCCCUCAUGCCUUCUCCCCCCUGCUCCUUCCUCCCACCCCCUGGAGACCCUGGAAGUGGUGUGUUCACAAACAGAGACCCCUGGCUGUCAGAUGACACAGGGUGGUGCCCGGGAAAACCGAAGAAAUAAAUCACGGCCCCCCCUCCCGCCCCUCCCCAGCCCCCACUGCCUCCCACCCCUGGCGAAGCAUGUGUAUCCCCCCUUGGCACAAAUGAGGUGAAGCAGGUCUUCCCAGGCAGGCCUCGCCUUCCACCAGACACAGAGUCCCUGCCGUGGGGGGCAGGGAGGAGACCCUGCAAUCUUGUGCUGCCUGGGACCGUGUCUUCCCAUGGGCCCAGGUCGCAUUUCUGAGUGGAAUCAUGAUUUUGCAUGUGGAUGUAUGUUUUCCCAUGCAGACAGCCCCUUUCACUCCAGCAUUUCCCUGAGUCUUCCUGACCUCAGGCCCAGCACUUCUCACACAGCAGGUGGGAACAGACUUCAGACUGAUAGAAACUGAGGGGGAUGGACAAGCCCUGGGGGGGGCCCUCUGCCCCUCCCUCUCUCCCUUCCCUGGAGAUGCCAAGCUGGGGGGCGGAGGGUGAGUGUGGCACCUGCCACCCACAGAGGCCAUGCAUGGCUUGACCAAAGCCCUCACUGCAGUCUGAGGACAGCCUUUCCCUCAGGCCAUUGCUCAUCUGUGCCAAACCAGUGAGGUGGGUUUGAGGAGGGAAUACCCCCAAAGUGUGGCAAUGAUCCCCCAGUCCUGGGCCCAGGCAAGUAAACAUGUGGGCAGGUGGGAUACAGGAGGAGGGGAGGUGGCAGCUAAAGGGGUCCCGCCUGUGUCCCUCUUCUCACCAUGUGUCAUCCCUCCCUCUCGGCCUCUGUUCUCCCUCCCCGCAUCGCUGUCCCCCUGGGAAGCCAUCCCUUCCUGGUGUCCAACCAGCUCCUCCCCUCAGCUGCCCACCCCCUCCUUUGACCUUCCCCCACCCCUUGCUCCCCUGGGCUGAAGGGAAGGAACAGAGGAGAGCAGGGGAGAAGGGCUUCCCAGGACAGGUUGGGGAGAGAAUGGGGUCAGCUGGACUGAGGAACAGAUGGAGGGGGCAGUGGGGGACGGGGCUUGGGCAGACACCAGCAGGAAGAAUUUGAUUUUGAAAGGACACGUGUAAGGUGACUGCCCAAAGAGAAAGGGUUUGGGCCUCUGGGGAAGAGAACCAUGUUGGGAAGGGUUUCAAGGGAUGCCAGCGGAGAAGAGCAAAUCCUUGUCUGCUGGCAUUUCGUGGGUUCGUUAGUGCCAAAUGUGAGUCAGGGGUGGGGUGCUGUCUUCCACUGACACCCAGAUUCAGAAUCCCUGGUCUUGGCUCCCCAGAACUUUGCCUCCUGACUGUCCCAUCUGCCCCCACCUUCACCCAUGGAAACUUAGUUUUUCUCCCUCCCCUUCCCCUGCCUGGGCUGGCUCCUUUCCAAACAGUCAUGCCCUCUAAAUGCUAGGGACCUGGGCCCUGAACCCUGUAGACAGAUGCCCCCCAAGUUGGGGCAUGGGAGGGGGGCUGGGGGACCCCAUGAUUCAGCCACGGACUCCAAUGCCCAGCCCUUCUCCCCAGAACAAUUCCCUGACAACCCCAUGUCCCCACCCCAACCCUUUGCGGCUCUGUACACAUUUUUAAACCUGGCAAAAGAUGAAGAGAAUAUUGUAAAUAUAAAAGUUUAACUGUU